UGUGUCCAUGUGUAGGCGAAUCACGUGGAGAGAAUCCGUUGAUCGUCUUGUCCCUGCUGUAAGAGUUGCUCCGUUCUUGAUUUCAUUUUGGUUGCUACCUCGCUUUGUUUUUAACACUCCCCCCCUCUCAUACAUUUCACCGAAGAAUGAGCGACAACGAAGAUAUCGAUGUUGACAGUGACGCUGACAAACGAGCACAUCACAAUGCGCUGGAGCGCAAACGUAGGGACCACAUUAAAGACAGCUUCAGCAGUUUACGGGACUCUGUGCCUGUGUUACAAGGGGAGAAGGUUAGUGAACAAUCUGUCAAACAGGCUUCCCGAGCUCAGAUCCUAGACAAAGCCACAGACUACAUCCAGUACAUGAGACGGAAAAACCACACACACCAGCAGGACAUUGACGACCUGAAGAAGCAGAAUGCAAUGCUAGAGCAGCAGGGUGAGUGUGGGCUCAAGGCCCAGGGACAACUGCAGGUGCAGGAGGUCCGUGCACUGGAGAAGGCCAAAGGGAACACUACUCUCCAGGCCAACUACUCUUCCUCUGACAGCAGCUGGUACACCAACCCCAAGGGGAGCACAGUGUCUGCCUUCGAUGGAGGCUCCGACUCCAGCUCUGAAUCAGAGACAGAGGAGCCGGCCAAUAGAAAGAAGCUGCGUGUGGAGCCCAUCUAGACUCCAUCCACAGUGUUAUCACCAGAGAGACUCUUAUCCACCAGCCCCCUCCUCCUCCUGUUCAGUCUGUUUCCAUCUUUCUCAUGCCAGUCCAGGAGACAGAGGGAAGACCAUGUGAGAAAGGUGUGAUCAUGGCUUUUCCAACAUUUUGUUACAUUACAGCCUUAUUCUAAAAUGGAUUAUAAUGUUUUUUAAAUGUAUGCGCAUUACCCC